AUGGCGUACGAAAUAGGCGGAAUGUUCGCACAACAACCGCAUCAACAUCAUAGUAUCUGGUCAGCCGGUGCUGUUCAGCAAUAUGGAGGUUCCACGGGUGUUAUACCGGCGAUGAGCAAUCUACUCGGUGGAAAUACAUCAUACAUAACAAACCACCACCAACUAGAAUUGCAUCCGCCGAAAGCUGAAUCGAUCCAAGGUUAUGGGCAGCUGACAUGGCUGUCUGGAAAGGCUGGCUUGAUUACAUGCAAAAAUAACAUGGUCAUUUCAUUUCAGAUUAAGGACUUCUGUGAUCAAAUGCUCACCGAUCUUACGUCAGUGCUUCGCGUUGGUUUCACAUUGUCAUUCCAAGCGUCAUUGAACGAAACAAACGAAUAUACAGCCACACUUGUGCAUCCGCUAUAUGGACCGGAAGCCGAACAGGUGUUUCUGAAUGCGCCAGAAGUAGAUCUAGAAAAGGCAUGCCCAACACCACCGAAUUCUAAAGAUGCCUAUUCGCCAGUGAUCGAAGCCAGAGCAAUACCAGCACUGCUAGCUAUUUUUCAACGUCAUGCACUCACACAGAUCCAACUGAGCAGCUUGCACUCGCAAAUGUCGAACUGUGCUGAUGAUGAGUUGUUCCGCUACGUGGGCACAUCGUCUUUGAAACGGCGUCAAUUUGUAGAACGUCGUACACAUCUCUUUCGUCUAACGCCUGAAGAUAAUAUCGCACUACAGAGCCCAGCAGUUUAUCUUUGCGUGCUUCGCCUCGCGUCCUAUCUACUACGUCGUGGUGGCGCUACCGCCAUUCAAAGCCUCUACGAUUAUUUUAUUGGUCCCGAGAUGGCACCCGAAAUACGCGAUCAGAUUGGUGAAAGUCGUCAAGAGUUCCUCAACCUGGUCGUUGGUCAUCCGUGGAUAUUUGCCCUGUUCCCAAAUCGUACCUAUGUGUCAGUGCGCCGCAACUUGCCUCACUAUGAUUAUCCCGGUUUCAUAAAGCAGCACUUUCCUGAUCUCGAUGUGCUGCGUCCGUCAUCUGCUCGCGGAUACGGACCUCGUCCAAUUGCCCGUUCAAUGUCUGCGCACCAGCCUCUUGUGCAGGCCCUCUCUAACAACCGCACCGCAGCAGUUAGCGGGUCGCUUGUGCAGGCCGGCAGUCGCCCAGUUUCCCUAUGGGAUAGCAGAAACAGUAUGCCACAGACAAUUGGAUCUAUGCACAGUCCAGCAGAGCAGCAGUGGAGCCCCGUUGAUCCAAUGUUCUCACCCGCUUGGCCUGCUCGUGCCUCUUCAAUUGGUGAUCGCAGCGGCGCUUUGGCUCCAGCUCCACCAGCCGCUGGUGGAGUUACAGGUGUCAUUGGUUCUGCACCAGGUAAUGGUGGAACCAUCGGGCAGAACAAGGUGAUGGUGAACGCAGCAGUCCAGACUGAUGCACCACGCUCCGAUUCUGGAACAUGCACCUGUGGCUGUACAUGCGGCGGACGUGGUGGUUUAUCGCGUGCAAGCGGCGGCUCGGCCAGUCCGCCCAGUCUGGAUAGCAUCAGUCCAUCCUUGCACGAUCGUGUCUCACCACCUGUGAAUGGAAACGGAGCAGUUAAUAACAGUGGAGAAGCUGCCGAUGCUCCACCUACAAUGCGCGCCUACGAUCUAUUCGGUACGACCGAAUUAUUUGCGGCUCGUCUCGGUUCGAUGCGCAUUAAUUAG